AUGGAUAAAGUGUACAAUAAGCUCCAAAUUGAUAAAGUGUACAAUAAGCUCCGGAAUUUGGAUGCGUACCCGAAAAUCAAUGAGGAUUUCUACAGCCGUACACUUUCCGGUGGUGUUAUCACGCUUUUCUCCUCAAUUUUCAUCUUCGUGCUAUUCUUCUCCGAACUGAGACUGUACCUUCACACAGUUACAAAUACAAAGCUCGUAGUAGACACAUCUAGAGGGGGAAAACUGCAUAUCAAUUUUGACGUCACUUUUCCUGCCAUUCCUUGUACAUUACUCAGUCUUGAUGCCAUGGAUAUCAGUGGGGAGCGACAUCUUGACAUAAGACAUGACAUAUUCAAGAAAAGAAUUGAUUCCAAUGAUAAUGUAAUAGAAGUCAGACAGGAUGGAAUUGGCGCGCCGAAGAUUGAGAAGCCUUUACAAAGACAUGGUGGCAGGCUUGAGCACAAUGAGACAUACUGUGGUUCAUGCUAUGGUGCUGAAAUGUCGGAUGAUCAAUGUUGUAAUUCAUGUGAAGAGGUUCGUGAUGCAUAUCAAAAGAGAGGCUGGGGGAUGACAAACCUAGAAUUAAUUGAUCAGUGUAAAAGAGAAGGUUUCAUCCAAAAAGUUAAAGAUGAAGUGGGUGAAGGAUGCAAUAUCCAGGGAUCUCUGGAGGUUAACAAAGUGGCUGGAAAUUUUCACUUUGUCCCAGGCAAAAGCUUUCAUCAAUCGAAUUUCCACUUGCUUGAUUUGCUUGCUCUGCAAACAGAAAGUUAUAAUAUAAGCCACAAGAUUAACAAGCUAACAUUUGGAGAUUCAAUUCCUGGAAUUGUUAAUCCACUAGAUGGGGUUCAAUGGGUGGAAGAAACACCAAAUGGAGCGUAUCAGUAUUUUCUCAAGGUGGUUCCAACCAUAUACACCGACAUUAGAGGCCGUACAAUUCAGUCAAAUCAGUUUUCAGUGACUGAGCAUUAUAAGGGCGCAGAAGCGGAUCACUUCCGAAAUAUUCCUGGGGUUUUCUUCUUUUAUGACAUUAAUCCUAUUAAGGUGACAUUUACAGAGGAACACGCACCAUUCUUACACUUCCUGACACAUAUUUGUGCCAUAGUUGGAGGUAUAUUCACUGUUGCCGGAAUAGUGGAUUCAUUCGUAUACCACGGUCAGAAGGCAUUAAGGAAAAGGAAACUCGGCAAGUUCAGCUAA